UCCCUGGAGGGCCUGAGAAAGAUCAGUUUACAGGCGUCAGCACGGGAUAUGACCCUUCUUCCUCUCCAUCUUGGGGCUGGCAUGUGCCUUGGUGACCAUAAUCCCACAUUAACCAGUGGUCUGGGCAGAAAAUAUACCGAGGGCCCCUUUUCACUCCCAUACAAAACAUACACAGUCCUUUCACUGACCUGGCUUCUGAUUGGAGGCUGGCUGUUUUGGAUAAUGACCUCCAGGACCCUUCUGGGGGUUACAGUCUGUUUGUGUAAUGCUUACCGCAACUUAAGACACCAGCACUGGGGUGUGAGGAAAAGGAAAAGACCAGUAGUUUUACACCCCCCGGGUACCAGAGACACAGGAGACUGACAGCGUUCCAGCUACCUGAGUAGGCCAAGGACCGGCAGCUCCCCAUGCAGCCCCUCCUGACGGCUGCUCACCAAGAUGAGAGAUCUUCUGCAGUAUGUCGCCUGCUUCCUCGCCUUUUUCUCCACUGGGUUCUUGGUUGUAGCCACCUGGACAGACUGUUGGAUGGUGAAUGCCGAUGAUUCCCUGGAGGUGAGCACAAAAUGUCGAGGCCUCUGGUGGGAGUGUGUCACAAAUGCUUUUGAUGGAAUUCGCACCUGUGAUGAGUACGAUUCUAUAUAUGCAGAACAUCCAUUGAAGUUAGUGGUAACUCGGGCGUUGAUGAUUACUGCAGAUAUUCUCGCUGGGUUUGGAUUCAUCACCCUGCUCCUUGGUCUUGACUGCAUAAAAUUCCUCCCUGAUGAGCCAUACAUCAAAGUCCGCAUUUGCUGUGUUGCUGGAACCACGCUGCUAAUAGCAGGUGCCCCAGGAAUUAUUGGCUCUGUGUGGUACGCUGUUGAUGUUUAUGUGGAACGUUCUUCUCUGGUUUUGCACAAUAUAUUUCUUGGCAUCCAAUAUAAAUUUGGUUGGUCCUGUUGGCUUGGAAUGGCUGGGUCUCUGGGUUGCUUUUUGGCUGGGGCUGUCCUCACGUGCUGCUUAUACCUCCUCAAAGGUGUGGGACCUGAAAGGAACUAUCCAUAUUCUCUGAGGAAGGCCUACUCGACUGCAGCGGUUUCCAUGACCAAGUCAUGCGCGGCCCCUCGGACAAAGACGGCCAAAAUGUACGCCGUUGACACAAGGGUGUAGAGGGCUGCAUAUCAGUCUGGGUUUAUCUGUUACUGAACUGGUUGAUGGAUGAGUACAGGUGAAUAAAAUAUUAAGUAAGCCCAGAAAGAGUUAUUUAAACUUCAUGUUCAACUAAAUUGUGUACCUUAAUCAAAAAGCUUGUCACUUCUUUCUUUUUUAUUAUUGUCAUAUUCUUCCUCAUUCUUUCUCAACACAUUCUCUUUUUCUCAAACACACACACACACACACACACACACACACACACACACACACACACUUUCCUUGUAUUUCGAGAUGAGGUUGCAAGGAUGUAAAAAUGUUUCUUGUUAUUUUUAUAUUGCUGUUAGGGAUUAUGGCAUGGUAAUUUUGAAAUAAAAUGACCCUUUGCAAAUAGAAAGCAACCUCCAAAAGAGGCCAGAGAUUCUCCUCUUUGAAGGGAUUGAUGAGCUCUUAGCUCUUUCCCUGGUUUUUGCUUCACUUUUUGUAUUUUCAACUGAAUGGGUUAUUUGAUAACUUUGAGGAAGACGAUUCUAAAUUUAAGCUAGUAUACCAGCGCCUACUAUCGCUCUCCUUCUGUUACAAGAGAAAAAGGAAAAUAGCUUUAUGUGCCAGCCACUGGUGGGAGUUAAAGAUAAGAAAUUUCCCCUUCACACUCCAAAUGUAAAAAGCAAGUGUAAAUGAAUUCUGGAGUCAGUGGGGACUUUGUUCCUCAUUAACAAUAUAAAAGAUCUGUAUAUUGUUGUCAUUACUCCCUGUUUGCCUAUAUUUUGCCAAAUUAAUAGACUACAGCAGCAAUAACUAAGCAAGCAGUUCACUCAUUUACAAAUUGGACAUCUAACUAUAUUUUAUGAAUGCAUUGUAUUAGAAUUCACUAACUCAGGUGUUCUCUCACAACUAGAUCCUCAAUGCCCUAGCAAAAUAUCUGAUAUGUGAUAAAAUAUAACAAAUAUUUGUUGAUUGAAAGAAAUGAAGCCUUACGACUCUUUACUUAAAUAAUUUUUCUCAUAAAAUGUGCUUUUUUGAAAAAUAUUGAAAUUAUGUAGACAUUUAAAGAAAUCAGUGAAUGAUUGCUAAUGAGACUAAUCAAUAUUCAUAAUGUAAUCAUCUUGAAUUUUUAAAUGGUAAACUAUUUUAAAAGGUUUUGAAAUUUAAUCUCAGACUUUCUUAUUCCUUGUAAUUCACAUGAAUAGCAUUAAUCUCCUGGUAGUAUCUUAAUGAAUUUUUGACUGUAUUGGAAAUUACUAUUUUGGGAAAUGGAAAUUUAGUUGUGAAUUUCUAAAGACCCCAAAGAAGUGUUUAAGUUAAAAAAAACACUAAAAAUAAUUUGGAAAUCAGAUGAUGAAAACCUAGUAAAGUUAUUGUUGUUAAUGAUGUUCAUGAUUUCAAAAGCCAUUUCUUUACCAGUGUUCUCAGGAGUUCUAAUCUAAUCUUAGAAUUCAGAGCAACUGAUUCAUAUUUAUUUCAUGGGUGUUAUUAACUGUGUAAUUCACAUUGAAAAAAUUAUUUGUAGAUCACAUGUCCUAGUUACAUAGGUAUUAUUCUAUGCAUUUUAAAACUUAUUUUGUCUUGAUAUUUUCCUCAACCUUAUUUUUUAAAGUUUAUUUUCACUUUUAUUUUAUGACAUAUUAUGUUAUCUUUUUUAUAUUCCAAUAUGUCUGUUGAAAUUCUUAUGAAGAGGAGGAGGGUAAAAAUGAAUUAAGUAGCUCUUUAAAUUUUAAAGUUACACAUUUUUUUUUCUAAAAAAUUGUAAGAGGAAAUAUUUCAAAGGAUUAUGGCAAUAAUUGACUUCUGUGACAGUUUCAGGUUUUUUUCUCAAUAAAAACAUUCUGUAUAUUCUGGGGUAAUAUUAGUAUUUUUCUCUAAUUACCUUAAGAAUGUUUCUUGCUAAUUUAUUAUAAUUUAAUAAAGCAUCUUGAAAUAAAGCAUAGCAAAGGAUGUAUUUUGUAUUGCAACCAAUGAACAACAAAGCAAAUAUUAAAUCAUUGACAUGGUGGUAGCUGAACAUGCUUAGAAAGAAAAAUAAGUCCAAAGUGUACACACACACGAUUAUUUGGUGGAAACAGUAACAUGACCUACUGAAUUCUGGGUACUGUCAUUUAGUCAUGUCUAGGUGAUUGCAGUAAAAAUAAAAGUAAAUUUUGAUAAUUUUAUUUACCUGUGCCUUUAUUAACUAUUGUCUUCUAAUACCACAUUUUAAAUUAAAACUAGACUUUUAUUAUUACAAAAGCUGUAUGUGUGCAUUGUAGAUUGUGGGAAAGCACAAAGAACCAUAACUAUAUCUUGUUUAAAUGGCAGGGCACCAUACUCUCUGUGUAGAUCAUCAUUACUCCUAAACCUUAUUGAAUACCUGCAUUCCUUCCAGACAUUAUGCAUUUAUAUACAUACACACAAUGACACAUAUACAUAUAUAUAUUUCUUUUUUAGGAGACCAUUCUAGAUGUGUUGCUUAUAAUCAUAUUUUCCCUUUAACUCUCUCUGCCUUUUCUUAGCAAUAACCUUAUCUAAUAACUGAUCCAUAUUUAAAUUUCCAUAAGUUACUUAAAAUUCACUAAUACAGCUUACCUGUCCAAACCAGGACCUGCAUUUCCUCUGGUUGUUAUGCCUCUUAAGUCUCUUCCUUGGAAAAAGAGCCCCAUGUUUCUCUUGAUUUUAGCCUUGGAGCACCUUCUCCCUUUCCCAAUUCUUACCACUAACAUUCUUCUUUUCUCCAAUAACACAUCACUUCUCCAGGGAGCCCUCUGACUUUCACCAGACUGGGUUAGAUAUUGACACACCUCUAACAUCCAAGGGCUUUUCUCUGUAAUUGUCCUCAUGGCACUUCAUGUAUGAGUGUAGCAUCUUGUUUCAUAUCUCAAUUUCCUAUAAAGAUUACAUGCACUAGUGGGAAACACAUUUUCUACUUUAUGUACUGAUCUAUUCCCAACAUCUGGCCCAGUGGCUAAUGCACAGUAGGCUCUCAGUACAUAUUUUUGUACAAAUGAGUGAAUGAAUGGCAGUAAUACUCUGAUCAAGAAAAGCAAUGAAUUCAUUGCAUGUAAUUUAUCUGCUCAUGGUAUCAUCCCUUCCCUUAUUUACAUGCAUACAUUUGGGCAGUUUUAUUGAAAGGCCAGCUCUGUGUUUUCAAGCAGCCUUGGGGACAAAGACAUUUUAAAAAAGUUCAGAGCACAACAAACUAAUUGCUACAAUGUAGGUUUAUAGAAAAUGCCAUAGAAAAAGCCAUAUCUAUAUCUACUGGUGGAUCAGGGAAAGCUUCAGAGAGGAGAAAAUUUUUUUAGUGGAGUAAAUAAUGGUGAUACAAAAGAAGUUAGGAGAAUAAAUUCUAUGCAAAGAGAUCUUGCACAAAGAAAGAGAAUCAAGAGAGGACAACUAAUGUGCUAAAAAUUACAAGUAGCUCCAUGUUCCCAGAGCAUAACUGAGAGGAAGGAAGUUUUUGUAUUCAUAAACUACUUUAAAUGAGAACCAAGAGAAGGCAGCACUUUCCCUCUUUCCAAGGUAGGAAAGUUGAAGAUGCUUGCUAAAAGCCCUCAGUGCCACCAUUAGACACACAACCCAAGUCCAUGCAGUGCUAGUUUUGUUCUGCCAUGUAACCUUGCUAGUUUCCCUCCUGCAGCCAGCCUCUUUGAGGCAUCACCUCUGUAGCAAAGUCCUAUCAAGCCUGUCUUCACCAUCACCAAAAUCAUUCUGAUUCCCAAACUAACCCUCCUACAAUAUUCUCUUCUUCACACUUUAAUCUUCUUUCAAUUCCGUUCUUUUGCCUUUUUGGUUUUGGUUCUUUAUGGCAACAUUCUCAUACUGAAGAGAACACUUCCUAUAUCAAUUUAAGGGGCUACACUGGCAAUUAGAAAAAAAGCAUUCUUGGAGUGGGCUCUGCAGCUUUUGAACUGAAAAAUAAUUGUUCUCAAGUGAAUGACCUUGCCCCCUGAUGUGCAGUAGUUAAUUGGAAUGCAAUGUAAUGCACACUUUAAUAUGAAUUAACCUGUGUUUUCCAUUCACAAAAGCUGGUAAUUUGUCAUUUAAAAUUUUUAUUAAAAUAAAAUUUUAUAAAAUAUAAAAAAGAUAAGGAAGAAAACAUACAAGCUAAACACAUCAGUUAUCUCAGCACCCAGAGAAUUUCUGAAGUUAGAAGAAAUACAUGCAUGUAUAAAAUACAUUUUAUGUAUAUUUACGUACAUUUAUCAUACACAUUUUUGAAAACUUCAUAGUACAGAAUGGUAAGCAUUAAACAAUGUCUCUCUUACUCAUUUCUAUGUUCUCCCACCACUAUUCCUCUCUUGAGAAAAGUUUUUGUAGCCUUUUAAACAAAAUUAUUGAAAUACAUAUAUAGAGCCUUUG